AUAAAGACAGAAUACGUUAAAAGAAAAGGUACAAUCAUUGUGGAUGGACAGGAAUUGGUAGCAGUCAGUGUCCUGGGAGAUGGUAGCACUUUGGACGUGGAGGGGAAGCUCUACGUGGGAGGACUUCCUUUAGACUACGUGCCGAAGAAUCUUGGGAAUGUGACUCACAGUAUUCCUGCCUGCAUUGAUAGCAUGACAAUUAACAGCAAGCAACUGAACAAGGAGAGCCCUGUCUCCAUCUUUGCUGUGAAUAAAUGCUAUGUAACAGUGCAGGAAGGUACUUUCUUUGAUGGGAGUGGCUUUGCUGCUCUAGUCCGACAAGGUUACAAAGUCCGAUCUGACGUGAACAUCACACUGGAGUUUCGUACGACAAUGAUGCACGGUGUUCUUCUCGGGGUCAGCAGUGCUAAGGUUGAUGCCAUUGGACUGGAGAUUGUAAAUGGCAAGGUUUUUUUCCAUGUCAACAAUGGAGCUGGCAGAAUAACAGCUGCGUAUGAACCAAGAGGCACAAAUAGUUUGUGCGAUGGAAAAUGGCACAAGCUUCAAGCAAACAAAAGCAAACAUCACAUUUCGCUGAUAAUUGAUGGGAAUUUGGUUCAAAGUGAUAAUCCCUACAUCCAGUCAACAUCUGCAGAUACGAACAAUCCCAUUUAUGUUGGAGGCUAUCCUGCUGAUGUGAAGCAAAACUGCCUCACAAGCAAGAGCUCAUUCCGUGGCUGUUUGAGGAACCUCGUGUUGACCAAGGGCCAACAGGCAGAAUUGUUUGACUUCAGCAGAGCUUUUGACCUGCGUGGAGUCUUUCCUCAUUCCUGCCCUGGGGCUGAGCACUGAACUGCAGCAAAGCCUGUCUGGACUGAGAGGUGUUUUUAUUGUUGUUGAUCUGUUAUUUUUCAUUCUCAUUUUGUAAUGAAAACAAGAAUGGGUGGGAGCCUGCAUCUCUUUGAUUUUCUGGUUGUUUUCCAA